UUUCUCUCAACCACUAAACUCUGUAUAUUUCUUAUAAAUGCUUAUCUUUUAAGUGCUUUUCCUUUUAAGUGCUUUGUUUGGUAAGGAAAAAGAUGAGUACUGCGUCGAAGUUUUAUUCAGUUUUGACGUCGACGUUGUUUUGUUAUCUUGCUGUGAUAACAUUCAUCGGAACCGCCAUUAAUGGCGUCGAAGCUUCUCACAGGAUUUAUCCGCAGUUUCAGUCUCUGUCUGUCGACAUCGUCGACCAAAUCCACAGAACUGCUUACCAUUUUCAGCCUCCUAAACACUGGAUUAACGACCCAAAUGCUCCAAUGUACUACAAUGGCGUGUACCAUCUCUUCUACCAAUACAACCCAAAGGGUGCCGUGUGGGGCAACAUCGUGUGGGCCCACUCAGUUUCAACGGACUUGAUCAACUGGAUACCUCUCAAGCCAGCGAUCGUUCCAUCUGAGCCGUUCGAUAUCAAAGGCUGCUGGUCCGGAUCGGCUACAGUCCUACCCAACAACAUCCCCAUCAUCCUCUACACUGGUCUCGACUCCAACGAAACCCAACUACAAAACUACGCCGUUCCGGCUAACAUUUCCGAUCCGCAUCUCGAAAAUUGGAUAAAACCCGCCAACAAUCCCUUGGUCGCACCCGACCAUACCGUCAACCGAACCGCAUUCCGUGACCCGACAACCGCCUGGUUAGGCUCAGACGGGUGGUGGAGAAUGCUGGUGGGUAGUAAAAAUAAACGUAGGGGCAUUGCGCAUUUAUACAAGAGCAAGGAUUUCAUGAACUGGGUCAAGGCUAAACACCCGAUCCAUUCCAGACCCGAUACGGGUAUGUGGGAAUGCCCAGAUUUUUUCCCGGUUCCGAAAUCGGGUGAAAACGGAUUGGAUGUGGGAAUUACGGGUCGAGAUGUUCGACAUGUGUUGAAGGUGAGCUUGGAUUUAACAAGAUAUGAGUACUACACCAUCGGUAGAUAUUAUCCGGAGAUUGAUAGGUACAUUCCUUAUGAUACAUUAGUUGAUGGGUGGGCGGGGCUCCGACCCGAUUAUGGAAAUUUUUAUGCUUCCAAGUCGUUUUUUGAUCCCAAGACGAAUAGGAGGAUACUCUGGGGUUGGGCCAAUGAGUCGGAUUCAAGACAAGAUGAUGUCGACAAGGGUUGGGCUGGAAUUCAGACAAUUCCAAGGAAAGUGUGGCUUGACCCAAGUGGGAAGCAGCUCAGGCUGUGGCCUGUUGAAGAAGUAGAGAAGCUGAGAAAGGAUCCUGUUUUGAUGGAGAACACGGCUGUUGAACUGGGUCAGCAUGUUGAGGUCACCGGAGUAACUGCUGCCCAGUGUGAUGUGGAGGUAAGUUUCACAAUUCCAAGCUUGGAGAAAGCAGAGCCGUUUGAUCCAGAGUGGGUCAAUGCACAAGACCUAUGUGCUCCAAUGGGUGCAAAGAAACAGGGUGGGGUUGGACCAUUUGGGCUCUUGACAUUAGCCUCUGAAGACUUGGAGGAAGCAACUCCUGUCUUCUUCAGAGUCUUCAAAGCUGAUACCAAAUACGUAGUCCUCAUGUGCUCUGAUGCUUCAAGUUCCUCUUUGAAGGAAGGUCUUUACAAGCCAUCAUUUGCUGGGUUUGUAAAUGUAGAUAUAGAAGCAGAGAAAAGGAUCUCUCUUAGGAGUUUGAUUGAUCAUUCAGUCGUUGAAAGCUUUGGAGCUGGAGGGAAAACUUGCAUAACUUCUAGGGUUUACCCUACAAAAGCAGUGGAUGGGGAAGCUCACUUGUUCGUGUUCAACAAUGGGACUGAGGCUGUCCACGUGGAGAAGCUCAGUGCCUGGAGCAUGAACAGACCACUGAGGAUGAACAACUGAAGAUAAUUAAGAGAAAUAUCAAGAGGAGGAAAUUAAGAUUUUUAGUACUUCGUACGUCAGUAGUUUGAUCAUCUUGUUUGUCGUUGUAGUUUCUGUAGUUUUUAAUGAAUUAAAUGCUCCUUUAGAUUUCACUUAA